UGGACAGCUGAGAGCUGCUAGCUGUCAGCAGAGCUCUGGUGUUUACCUGGGACCUUACCUGCUGACAUCUGACAACAGCUUUGUAUGGAGCUUUGGAUGGAGUGCUGAUUCACUCUUUAAUACCAAAGGCUGGAGAAUACCAAAGGCUGGAGAUUUGAUCCUGGUCAAUGUAUAUAGCAUUUACCUCAACUCCAGCAGAUAUGAAUGCCAACAGUAUGCCUAAACAAGUUGAGGUGAGGAUGCACGAGAGUCACCUGGAGCCCAUUGAGGCCAGGCCUCAGUCCAAAUGUGCCAAAAUCUGCUCCAAGUUGUGCACGAACCUUCUGCUCACACUCACCAUCCUCGGUGUGAUCUUGGGAGCUGUAUCAGGGUGUUUGCUUCGUGUCGCCUCCCCGAUCCACCCAGAUAUUGUCAUGGUGAUCGCUUUUCCCGGAGACAUCCUGAUGAGGAUGCUGAAGAUGUUGAUCCUGCCACUCAUCAUCUCCAGUUUAAUCACAGGUCUGGCCGGUUUGGAUGCCAAAUCCAGCGGUCGCCUCGGCACCAGAGCUAUGGUCUACUACAUGUCCACCACUAUUAUAGCUGCUAUUCUGGGAGUCAUCCUGGUGUUAGUCAUCCACCCUGGCAACCCGAAACUGAAGGAGAAUCUGGGCCAGGGCGAGAAAAACGACGAUGUGUCCAGCUUGGAUGCCUUCUUUGAUCUGAUCAGGAACCUGUUCCCAGAGAACCUAGUGCAGGCUUGUUUCCAACAGAUCCAGACCGUCACAAAGAAGGUAGAGGUGGUUAUCGCGGAGGAUAUCAAUGCCACCACCGUUGAAGGCCUAGUGGCUAACAUGACCAAGGAGCCUCAGUUUCUCAUAAAGAAGACCCUGCAGUUCAAAAGUGGCAUGAAUGUUCUGGGUAUGAUUGGUUUCUUUAUUGCAUUUGGCAUCUGCAUGGGCAAGAUGGGAGAGAGGGCCAGGCUCAUGCUUGAAUUCUUCAACAUCCUCAAUGAGAUUGUGAUGAAACUUGUCAUCUGUAUCAUGUGGUACUCUCCCUUUGGUAUUGCCUGUCUCAUCUGUGGUAAGAUCAUCUCCAUUAAGGACCUGGAGGUGGUGGGAAGGCAGCUGGGAAUGUACAUGGUUACUGUGAUUGUUGGCCUCAUCAUCCACGGAGCAAUCUUCCUGCCUAGUAUCUACUUUGUUAUUGUCAGGAAAAACCCCUUCACCUUCUUCCUGGGCAUCUUCCAGGCCUGGAUCACUGCCCUGGGGACAGCCUCCAGUGCCGGUACACUGCCUGUCACCUUCCGUUGUCUGGAGGAGAACUUAGGUAUUGACAAAAGAGUCACACGUUUUGUGCUCCCAGUCGGUGCCACCAUCAACAUGGAUGGAACUGCUCUGUAUGAGGCAGUUGCAGCAAUCUUCAUUGCCCAAAUGAACGACAUCCACCUUGACCCUGGUCAGAUUAUCACCGUCAGUCUGACAGCCACCCUGGCCAGUGUUGGAGCGGCCAGUAUUCCCAGUGCUGGCCUGGUGACUAUGCUCUUGAUCCUGACCGCUGUUGGCCUGCCAACUGAAGACAUCAGUCUGCUGGUUGCUGUUGACUGGCUGCUGGAUCGAUUCAGGACCUCAGUCAACGUGGUUGGUGACUCCUACGGUGCCGGCAUCGUGUACCACAUGUCCAAGGCUGAGCUUGAGGAGCUGGACGCGCACACGGCAAAGUCCGAUGACAUCGAAAUGACGAAGACCCAGUCUUAUUACGAUGACAUGAAGAACCACCACGAAAACAAUUCCAACCAGUAACCUCAGCCACUAACGGCUCUGCUGCGGAGUGCACGCUUGUUGAGGAGGGACCAUGGAAACAUGAAUAAUGGCAGCACAGAGAUCCCCUGCUCCUGGGCUCCACAAGCUUUCCUAUCUGGUGAUAAAAAAGAGUGAAUGAAAAAAAAGUCACACGAACAGAACUACUAAUUGUUUUUUUAUGUAGUUUAGUUUUCUUUUUUUUUAUUAGUCCCUUUAAAAGGUUUUUGUAACUGUCUAUCUGACUGAUAUAUAAUACUAAUUCACUUAACCGUGAAAUGAUAACAAAGGUAUACUUAGAGCACAAUUAUGUCCGUAUAGCAGAUACUUGCACAACAUACUUCAAGGCUUGGGGAGGGAAGUAAGGGAAAAGGUAGAUAAGCUAUUCUUAGCAAUACAACUCGGUUCUACAUUUAUGAGAGGAGUUAUUAAGAUAAGAGAAGAAGUGGCUGUGUAACAUGGGAUGUACUGAGAUCAUCUUCCAAGUAUCAUAAAGGUGAUUCAUUAUUCUAAUGCCAGAGGAUUAGUGGGAGUUAGCAUUAAUCAUGACAACCAACUGUUUGUACUGAACUUCCUUGCUUUACAUCCCUGUCAGUACCAUCAACAUGUGUGCAUAAGGUUGCUGCUUUUCCUCGUCUCAUAUCUAAAAACAACACUUUUGAUUCUUAAACUGUCAGAGACCUUAAAGUGCAUCUGACUGCAUCUGCCCAAUGUUACCCUCUAUCCCUGAGGUCCAGCAAACUGAUGAAAGGGUAGGAGGCAGGGAGAACAGUAAUGAGCAGGUAAACCACACUAAGCCUCAUAAUCUACAAGCACAAUACAAGUCACAGUGGAAUUGCAAAGCACAAAUUAUACCAUGGACGCCGUUUUUAUCCCCUUUUUGUUUUCCUUUUGUUUUGUCUAAAAGGGAUGUUUUUUUUCUUUUUGUCACCUGUUGAGUGAGAUAUACAACUUAUUUGUGUGUGUGAUAGAGAGAGAGAGAGAGAGAGAGAGAGAGAGAGAGGGAGAGGGAGAGAGAGAGAGAGAUAGCGAGAGAGAGAUAGAGAGAGAGAGAGCGAGAGAGCAAGAGAGCUGGGGUUAAGAACAUGACCAAGUCAACUAUAGGGACCAAACAGGCAGAAAAUCAAUCAACUCACAGAAGCCUUUGAUCUGCCUCCAUGACGUCACUCACGACACAUUUUCCGAAGCAUUGAUGUCCAUUUAUAACUGGCCAGCACAGCAGCGGAUAUUACCACAUUUUCUGACAAAGCUUCAAAGCUGAAAAAAAAUCACUGCCCUAAAUAUGAAACUUUUUACUUUGCCUUCCUCCAAAAGAAAUGACUUUGUGAUGCCAAUGAAAUUAAAAGAACAUUAGCGCCAAAAUGAUUAUUGUCAAAACAAACAAUAAUUGACAUAUCUGAAUAAUUUAUAGCACAAAAAAAGAGAUUAUAUAGAGCACAAACAGCACAAAUAAAGCCAAUGAGGACAAUUUUGAGUCGGUGGCAUAAUCAAAGUCAAGCACGUUAUCUUUCAUGUCGAUGCUGAUCAUAUUCCAAGUUUUAAUUUUAGCUUUUAAAUACACAAUAAGGGACAGCAGAAGACACUCAGGCUUGUAUGUGUACUCUUUUACAGGAAAACAAUUGGUUUUAUUCCUAAAAUGUUUACUUGCUCACUGUAGAGCUUUAAAAAAAGAAAUGGCCUCUUAACAGCACAAGUGUUGAAAGCAUGGUGACAGUUUACUGCAAAGGUCUUUGUUGAAAGACAGUCAUUUUAUAAUAUGAUAGUAUUCUGGGAAGAGAUGUUCUGUAGCACAUACAGGAAGCACACACAUAUAUACACACAAACACAUAUUUCAGACAACAUUCCAGUAGUUGAAUGAUCCUCAACCUGAGUACUCUCUGAAAGCACAGACACGGUUACUACUGACAGAGUACACAAGGUGAACCACCACCACCUUAGUGCAGCAGCGCUCAGCUGUCAGAUGGAUUCUUGGCUUGCACAAACAGAGACAGAUCAUUGAUAUAACACUCUUCUGGGUAGCUUGCCAGCCUCUUGUUUAGCCAGAUCUAAAAAGGUAAACAACAAUAUAUUUUAGCCACCAGAGCUCAAGACUGUUUCUACAAACCCUAGAUGCUGCAGCUGUGUGUCCAUAUAGGUGCAAAGACAUUUUUAGGAAACUCUGAACAGAACAAUGGACACUUCACAUGCAUUAUGCCACAAUGUUGCCAACUAUCAGGUAAUAAGAAUCCUCUCAUAAAACAAAAUGGUUUAAAAACUGCAAACUGCAAACACAGAAUUAAAGCUAGACUAAUGGCUGUUUGUUAAGCCUGUGUGCGAGAGAGGUGAGACUUCUGUGACGUGUCUGUGGAUUUGUUUGUUUUUUAUCAGUAUUGUGUCCUUCUCUCCUGUCUUGUUUCUUUUAAUUUGUGCUUAAUGACAACCUUGCCUUGAAGACAACAAAUGCCAAUUAAAGUAACAGUACUUAACAAAAACACUUAUCGCAGCACUCUGUCUUUUAGUUCCUGAAACACACUUUUUUUUUAAAGCUCGGCCAACAGAAGUGUGCUUUGAUACAACAAAGAUUGCGCUUUGUGUUUUGCCUUACACACUGCACAGACUGAUGCACACCAUACACACAAAAACAUGCAUGCACAGACAAUUUUUUAAAUGCACACAUAUAAGCACACGCACAAACACUCUCAAACCUCGAAGGUCACUAUAUUCAUAAUUGUAUUUGGCGAGCUGCAGAGCACAGCACUGACACCCUAACAGUCCCUUUGAGCCUGAUCUUUUGACCUUGUGAUCUUCAGGAAAAGAAAAAGAAAAAUCUCUCCAGUAAGGAGACAAUGUAACCAUAGUGUCAUUGAUGGGGAUUGAGUGUUGGACCACUAUUAUGUUCAACCUAACGGUAUUAGAAGCAUGAAUAAAAUAAAAAUGAUGAUUAUUUUUUUGCACCACUAUCUUAAAAGCAUGAUAUUUUGAAGUGCCUCCUUGCACUUUGUGUAUAUAUUGUAGGUAACAGAUGUUUUUUGUUUUUUUCCUAUUGUUUCCUUUUGGGGGGCAUUGAAAUGGUAAAUAGGAAUAUAGGUUCAUUGCUGUGACAUUUUUUAUGUAAUCCUCUAGAAAAAUAUAUAUCAUCUAUGUCCUGAGUAAAAUUAGAUUAGACAAAAUGUAUAGAGAGGAAAUUGUGUAAUAAAUUGCUUGUUUUUUUUAUUCUCUAAUAGUACUUAAUACUUACCUGUCACACACCAAUAUAUAAAUAUCUUUUCUUUUUUAAUCUAAUGUAAGCGUUUUGAAUGUUUGUUCCAUGAAGAUAUAAGCAGUGUGCAUUCAUUUUCAUUGUACAUAAAUAAAUAUAUAAUUGUUCUGUUCAGUGGCGAUGCAGAAUUUAUCGGAAAUUACAGUGAACCUGACGCAAACACUGUUUGCAUGACUAAGAAAAAGAAAUAGAGAGAGAGAAAGAGAGCGAGCGAGGGGACGUUUUUGGUUUGGAAAAAAGGGGGCCCCAACAUGAGAUAUAUUUUGGUGGGAAUUACUAUGAUAAAGGUUGCUGAAAAGAGAGACAAACAAAGAAAAAGGUCAAAUUUGCCCUCUAUGUAGGAUAGAGUGAGGAAUCAAACACUUAGUAGUUGAUUAGAGCGAAAGAAAAACAUUAGAUGCAUUCAGAUGCCUGUUACAGUUUAGAGCAACAUUCCUCAGGUGACUCAUCUGAACCAUUUUGUCUUUUCAACGAAGGAUACUGGCUUUAGUCUCAGGCAUCUUUGUUUACCUGGUGCAUGUGCAUUUAAAUCAGCAAGACAUGGAUAUCUAGACAUUUUGGAUUCUGUUACCCUGUCUACAUGCCACAUCUUCACAUAUUUGACCUCUGACAUAACAUCAUGGAGGUUUUUUAGAAAUCCCACUCGGUAAACUGCCUUUACUCCACUUGCCUUUUUGUUCCUUUCUACACAGAAACUUUAUGCACGCACAAACACCAGGAACUCGCUGAGCUAAAUGGUACAGAUGAAAUGGAAAUUAAUUGACACAGUAUUUUAAACAAAGAGCCAGUAUAUCUUCGAGCUUGUCCUUUUCUACUGCAAUGUGUCUUUUUGAAGAAACUCCCAAGCAGAGCUGAUAACCUGUCUCACUCCUGCCUACAACGUGCUUUCCUGAUCUUACUUUUCUAGGCCUGCCCUCUUUGUAAAGCUGUUGUAAUUUUGAUGUAAAGGCAGAGCGUAUGUGUGGGGGAGAUACACUACUGAGAAAAAAAAGGACAAAAAAAUACAUGAAUUCUUUACUCGGUCUAUGGUAUACAUAAACAAAUCUGUUUCUACAUAUCAAUAAGUGUUGUACCUUUGGUGUACAUAUACAAAUAUAACUAAUAAAUGUUGAUUCAUAACUAAA